CCGAAGACUUCUUUUUUUUUUCGUUACGUCCGGUGUACUCGCGCGCGUCUUCCGGUGGUAAGUGACGGUUUCGGGAGUAAAAGGACAGACGGAGGAGCAGGAGCCAUGCGAUUCUCGUGGGUGUUUGCGGCCACUGUGCUGCUGGUCCUGGCUACGGGGGUGAAGUGCAAGAGGAAGUUCGACGGGGACUUCGAAUUCGCCGAGGAGGACGAUACCCGCAUAAUGAAAGUCGGCGACAAGAAGCGUUGGAUACACGAUCCGAACAGCGAGCUCUGUCGUCCGCUCAACUGCAAGAAGAAGGAACUGUGCCUGCUGGAGGACACUUUCACGGCCGUCUGCGUCUCGAAGAAGGAGCUUCACAAGUCUGGGGACAUAGUGAUUCCGAAGUCGCGAGUCGUGCAGCAGAGACGGCUGAGGACCGAGACCUCGGUCGAUUCGGACGACGACGACGCCUUCUUCGAUUCGGAGGACGACGAUGAGGAUCAGGACGAGUCCAAGUGCCAGGAAUGUCCCGUGGUGAAGCCUACGUUCCUCUGCGGCAGCGACAAUCGCACGUACAGCUCGCCGUGCCGUCUCGAGUACCACAACUGCAUUCACCAUACUUCCGUCCACAUCGCCUGCAAAGGUUUUUGUCCGUGCAAAGGCACCGAUCUGCGAACGUAUACGAAGAAGAUGCAGAUGCAGAGGAAGAAGGGUCUCAUGGGCAAAAUGGGUCGCAACCACGACAUCACCCUGACGCCGCGCGACUUCAAUUACGACAAUCAUCACUACCAGUACCUCAAGUACUCGAAACGCGGCAAGACCCUCGUUAGUGCGAACAGGUACGACGACAAGCAUCUGAUGAGCAACGAAGUGAUGGACAAGACCCAGUCGCCAUUGAAAGCGAUGUACAACGUACAAUCGCCGUCCAGAAAUACGGAUUGCCCGACGUCGUCCAAGCCUGCGAUGGCCAAUCGCCUGCUGGAUUGGUUCUCCGUCGUGAUGGCAGACUCCAAGCACCGUCGUCAGCAUCCCAAGCCCAAAGGUCACUUCCCGAUCGGCUGUCAGAGCGAGGUCAGGUGGAUGUUCGGCCACUUGGACAGCGACAGCGACGGCCGGCUCUCGCUCUCCGAGCUGUACGGCCUGGAACACGAUCAGAACGAACCGUGCUUAAAGCCCUUCCUCGACGCUUGCGACACCGACAGCGACAUUUUCGUGAGCGGGCCCGAGUGGUGCGGCUGCUUCUCGAAAGCCGAGCGUCCGUGCGCCGCGGUGCGCAGACGAUCAUCGCCGGACUCAGCACCUACCUGCGACUCGCGAGGAUAUUACCGCAGCACCCAGUGCCACCGCGGCCUUGGCCUCUGUUGGUGCGUCGAUCCGCACGGCGUCGAGUUCGCCGGCACCAGAACGCGCGGCGCCAAGCCCGAUUGCGAUUUGAUCGAAUUGAACGCGCAUUUCAAGCCGCAUCCGUCUCUCUUCCUCUUUUCCGAUCAACAAUCACCUCUUGCAGACAUGAUCGUGAACAAGAUCAGCAGCGGCGGGCUCAAGACCAACAGCGUGGAUCUCGACGAUGACGAGGAUGGUGGUACCGAUUCCGCUCAGGACCUCGAAGGCUCGGCCGAUCAACCAUUAGAUUUUUAGGCGCAUUAGGGACGGCGGUCAGCAACGGGAACGCAGCAUUCCAACCGAUAUAAGCGGUGCCGACUGCGCGCGAUCGGAAGGCUGGGUUCUCCCCUCGCUAGGGGAAGGGGGGAUGCGCGACGUCCGGUCGCCCAGCGGAGCCGACAGGGCUGCUGCUCCUCCACGUCGUCGGACCGCCUGCCGAUCGUCCUGUUCGAGGCCGCGAUCCACGCGCGAUAAGACGAAAUGUGUGAGCCUAAACGAUGAGUUCCAAGAGCAACGAAAAGCACGACGAUUAAUUAGUUAACGGGCUCGGGAAGGUCGGCUCAGAUGAUCGGACAGAAA